GCUCGCCCGUUAACUUUUCCAGCUGUUUUCAAAUUUGGAACCGCUCUCCAGUUCUGAGCUCGGACGCAGCGCGGGCGCAGGCUCCACCGUUCCCAACCAAUCCGGUUACGUUCGAUUUUUGAAAAUGACAACUCAACUGGAUGAUGAGCAAAUUGCUAUGCUGCAGCGGGCAUUCAGCAUGUUCGACAGCAGCAAACAAGGACGGAUAGAGAAGGAGAAGGUGCGCACGAUUCUCAACACCAUGGUGCACAGCUACGACGACCACGAGCUCGACCAGAUGCUGGACGCCGAGGAUGCUGACGAAAGUGGCAAACUGAACUUCGACUCGUUCGUUCGUGUGGCUACGCAUUUCCUGGAUGAAGACGACGAGGCUCUUCAGAAGGAGCUGAAAGAAGCCUUCAGGCUGUACGAUAAAGAAGGCCACGGCUACAUCCCAACCUCCAGCCUGAGGGAGAUCCUGGCCGCGCUAGACGACCAGCUGACCCCGGACCAGCUCAACGAGAUGAUCGCCGAGAUCGACACCGACGCUUCUGGCACCGUUGACUUUGAUGAAUUUAUGGAAAUGAUGACUGGCGAUUGAAAUAACGGAAACCUUAUGACUAUACCUACCAACGUAUUUCAGAAUGUUAUUCGUUUUCUUAAUAAUUUACUAAGGAGUUUUGCAUGAAUCAAUUAUUAAAUUAUUGUUAUUUA